AAAUAAAUGGCGAUCAUGUUGGUAGCCUGAAUAUAAAAAAAAUCUUUUGAUUACACUGGAAUCUGAUAAACUAGAGGUGUCUGAUAACCUGUGGUGGAGGCUUGAAAAGUUGGAAUAGACAAUAAUUGAACAUUGUAGAACAGGACACUGUCCCAUAGACACAAUCUUUGCCAGGUUGACACAAUAAGAUUUUGAAAUAUAAUUUUUCUGUAAUAGUAAGAAAAACAACACCAUGAACUUAGCGAAUUCACAAAAUGGACCUAGGGGACAGGAGCCACCAAUGUAUAUUCAAAGACCAUCUGCUGGACAGUCACAAGAUGUUCGCCAUAUUCUAGCCAGAAAUUUCAGAGAACUCUACACAAGAGAUACAAUAAGGCCUGAUACAGUAAAGAAUUUACAAACAUCAAGAGGUGGAGAUGAUGCUUACCAUGAGCAUUACGUGGAGAGUUUGCAAAAGAUUUACUCUGAGUGGCAGCGUCGCAUGGAUGAAGCGGCCAUGUUGGAGCGACACAUUAUGCAGGCUCAAGCUAGAGCUAUGUCAGCUGAUGAGCGAGCACUUAACAAGGCCUCUAAAUCCUGUGAUAAUUUUGGCUCAUUAGGGUUGCCACCAGGGCGGGCACACUUCAAGUCAUGCAUUGACACUGAGCUACUAAGGAAGCAUAAUCUACUGAUACCCAGUGAUUAUAUGGUUCAAGAGCCUUUGACAGUACCAGCUCCUAAAGAGGAAACUUGCUGUGAAUGCUGGGAAGAAUUAAGGACUCCUGAACUACCUGACUAUGCCAGAGAGACUUUAGCCUCCCGGCAGCACAGUCGUCCCAAUACUCAGCAUUUAAUCACUACUCCAAGAUCAAUGCUACCAGGAGACAGUGAGGACUUGCCAUCAUUUUUAUCAGAGGAGGAUAUACAGGAUUUGCCUGUGCAAAAACAUGAUGUGACAAGUAGCCAGCCUGAGUUUCCCAAAAAAGCUGGAUGGAAAGAGUUUUUAUCAGAGGAACAGAGAGAAAUAGACAGAAGAGACUUGGACUUAAUAAAUGCAAAGAUUAAUUACCUUAAGAAUCCACGUUAUGUACCACCUGAGAAUGUGAGUUCUUUGAUAAUUCCCAAAAAGAAGAAAAAAGUCAUCAAUGGUAACCUUCAGGUGGAACCUAAACAACAAACUUCUAGUCCAGUCAUCUUUGUGCCUUGUCCUGCUGUUGUUGAAUUUAUCAACUAUAAAGUUGGAGAGGUCUAUGAGAUUACAUUAGAGUUGAAGAAUAUGUCUUCUGUAAUGCGCCAAUGUCGAGUUCUGCCACCCUCAAGUAGCAUAUUCUCAGUAGGCUUAGGCCAGUUUCCUGGAGAAAAUGGGUUAGUUGCCCCAGGAAUGAGCUGUAGAUAUAAUAUCAGGUUUGCCCCCAAUUCUUUGAAAGAUUACAAUGACUGCAUCACUGUCCAAACUCAGGGAUCCUAUUCUAUUGAUGUGCCAUUGAGAGCCAGACGUCCACCACCUAUUCUUACGUUACCAAAUGAAAUAGAUCUUGGUAGCUGUUUGGUUGGUGGUGUGCAAGUGACUCAUAUCAUUGUCAAAAAUGAAGGAGGACCUGGAAGAUUUUGUCUAUUAAACAAAAAUAAAUGGCCAUCUUCCAGCAUCAGGACUCUGAUGCCAACUAUGAACAGGAUGAAUUUUAAACAGUCACCUAUCUUUAUUAUUCCAACAACAUUUGAGCUACUUCCUGGACAAACUAUUCUUUUGGAGGCUUAUUUCAGUCCUCAGUCAGCAAAAGAUUAUUUGCAAGAAAUGGUUUUAACGUGUGAUAACUGCCAUUCAGCCCACUUCAUGGUUAAAGGGGAAGGACAGCUGGUGAAAGUUGGCUUACCAGAAGAGAAAAAUCUGGUAUUCUCUGAUCAUCUGCCUGGAGAAUUGAAAGACAUAACAGCACAACAUCUCAUUAAGUUUGAUGACCUCAAUCCUUUCACAUAUACAGAAAAGAAAAUCAGUGUCAGAAAUUACACAAAAGUGGAAAUACCAUAUCAGUGGGUUUUUUAUAAACCACUAAUUCAGCAUAGCUGUUCAGAAAAAGCCAACCUCAGUGGUACAGCAAAGGAUGUGGAAAGAGCCCUAGAUAUGAGCAGUGUUUUUAGUAUUCAUCCCCCUAGUGGAGUCUUAAAGCCUUCAGAGUUGACAGACUUCAUGCUGACUUUUGCUCCCCCUAAAGAAGAUGAGUACCACAGUACAGCUCAUUUAAUUCUAGAAAAUAUUCCUUAUUCUAAGGACAUGCAAAGCAUUAACCAAGCUGAUGAUAUGGCAUCAAUGGCCACAUCCAACAUUCACGAGGAUGACUUAAGCCAUGCUCCCCAUGCAUCUGCAGUGCAUGUAACUGAUGUUACUGGGGCAGAGAUUGAAGUCAAAGGAAAGUGUGUCCCUCUAAAUGUGGUGCUCCACCCAUAUGCAAUCAUCUUACAACCUAAAGCUCUGAUUGGCACAACUAUCAAAAGAUUGUUUACGAUGGCAAAUCACAGUUUUUCAACCAUCAGCUUUCAGUGGGACUCUUAUGUGGAAGAAACCAUCAUUGAAGUAGAGCCACCAUAUGGUGAACUUGAUCCUGGUAUGGCUAUGGAUCUAGAGAUAAGUAUUACUGGAGCUCAGAUUGGGAAGAUUAGUCGCACCUUGUUCUGUCGUGUGGUACACAUGCUUGAACCCUUACCAUUGUAUGUACAAGCAGAAUUUAAGGGACCUGAAUUGAGUAUUCUAGAACCAUCUAUCUAUUUUGGGCUUGUCAGAGUUGGCGAAUCAGCAGUGAAAGAAUUGACUAUUCUCAACACUUCUGAGAUGAAGAUUACCUUUACCAUUCAUGAGGAAACUGGAGACAAGGCAAUGCAAAGUGAUCUUAGAUUUUCCAUUACUUCAGGAGAAAUACGUCCAUUGGAAAGAAAAACUGUUGAAUUAUUCUUUACUCCACAUGUUGUUCAACACCUUAAGACUAUUUGUCAAGUCAUAUGUGAUAAAGGAAACACCUGUUCUGUUGCAGUGCAAGGAGAAGGCCAGAAUCCUGUUGUUUGUUUCUUAGAAUGUAAUAAAAUCUUGCAAGAUGUCUAUCUUGAUGUACCUGUUAUAUUACAAGCUGUUCUACACAAUCAAACAUUGCUGCCAACUAAUUACAGAUGGGGAAAGGUAGAGGGAAGCCAAAGAGAUUACUGCAGUAUUGAGGUGGAAGAUAUGGAAGGAAAGAUUUUAAGCUGGGAACAAAAACCUAUUACAAUUAGGUUUACACCAUAUAAAUCUUUGGAAUUCAAUGAUUUGAGAAUACCCUGCUGUAUUGAAAAUCAAAGUGAGAAACUUUUUCUAAAUAUAGUGUGUCAAGUAAAAACUCUCAGUGUGAGCUACAAGACUUCUACAGACAAAACGGAUGUCAGUUCUGAUUUACAGUUACACUUUGGAGACCAAAUUCAGUUCAAUGAACCUGUGAAAAGAUAUGUCCACAUCUUCAAUGAAACAGCCAUUCCAGCACAUUUCAAAGUAGCAGCAGAAUAUUUUUGUGCAUCUACUCCAGUGGCUACUGAGACUAAUGUUUCAGCCACUUCUCAAAGCAACAGAAGAACUUUACUUUCCAGAACUCCAAAUAUUGCUGAUCCAUUGAGUAAAACUCCAGAGAAAAUGAAAAAGGAUUAUACCAAGAUGAUUCUGGGAGAGAAAAAAGGUGCUGCCUUUGUGCCUUAUCCAGCUACUGGACACUUGAAGCCUUUUGAAGAACAGAUCAUUGAAGUCACAGUAUUCAGUGAUAUGUGGGGAACUUAUAAAGACCUUUUGAGGAUUGAGGUUGGUGAUUUGGAACCAGUAGUGAUGCCCAUGAGUGCCACAGUGGUAGGUUGCCCUUUACAUUUCCAGCUAACAGCUGGACAACCAGAACUCAGGACCAUUGUAAGGUUUGGCAGUCAUUCACCAGGAACUAAAGCAAUCACUAGAAAGUUAAGAAUCAAUAACUCAAGUCCGUUUGAUAUCCGAAUUGAUUGGGAAAUUUUCGAAGCCUCUAAUGAUUCUACCAAACUGAUUGAUUUUCUCACUUCCUUUGGUCCAUCAUUCCCUGCAGAAAAGAAAAGUGACUCAUCAUUGUGUCUACUGAAACUCAGCUCUUCAGAGAUUAGAACAAUUGACCUUGUUUCAUCCAACUUUAUGGAAAGUGAUGUCCCAGACAACAGGCCUCAAGUUGUAUCUUGUUUCCUCAGGCCUCAUGAAGGUGACCCUAUUAAGGAACCCUUUUCAAUACUACCCAAACAGUUGGUAGUGCCAGGCCAUGGAUCCAGCUAUGUCAAUGUGUCAUUUUUACCCAGUGAUGUAGUUGAUGGAAUAGAUUAUCUUGGAUUUGCAAAUGGCUACUUAAGUUUGGACAAGCUGGUUGAAGAGCAAAGUAAAGUCUCAAGAUCUGAAGCUUAUGAAAUUGACCAUUUACAGUUAGAGUUCACAGCCAACCUCAUACCGCCAAUGCUGACUGUUGAAGAAGUGGAUGAAGAAGGUUUGGUGAUCAGGGCAGCAAUGAGUGAUUUGAUGAAAGAUGGCAAGAUGUUGAAAAAGUCACUGAGCACAUCUUCUGUCAUGUUGACUAACAACACACUCUCAAGGAUGACUUUUCUACUCAGAGCCAAGAAACCUUUCAUACUGGUGGACCUUGACACCACUUCAGAAGAUGACCAACCCUCACAGGCAAUGGUAACCAACAUGUGUACACUGAAUCCGGGUUCUCACAUUAUGGUUAAAGUUGGGCUUCAAGUGUCACAGUCCUUGCUGAGUCUCAAAACUGCAGAGAGAAUUGAUGACACUCUGGAGAUCAAGAAUAUACUCAGCAUCAACUAUGACAACAAAACAAGACAAACUAUCCCUAUACUUGGUGUGGUGGCAGUGCCUCAGUUUGAGUUGUCUGCUAACAGUAUUGACUUUGAAUCCUGUCUUGUGGGUCAAACAAGGAUCAUUGAGCUCAUGCUGUAUAAUACAGGAGCUGCUGACAGCUAUUGGAAGAUGCAGAUAGAACACAGCAAUAAUGAGUUUGACAACAGCAUGUUCCAAGUGCAUCCCUCAGAGGGAGUUCUGCCUGCUCAAAUUGACAAACUCAGUAAUAACAAGACAGUGAUUGCCAUUUCUUUCACACCUAACUUGACACAUUAUGACAGAAUAUCGAAAUAUAAAUGUUUUCAUAUUGUACAUUAAUGUACAUAAAAAGCAUUGUUCUAGUGUUUUGGUUUCCGAUUAUUUUAUCUGUCAGUUGAAUGAAUGUGGUAACACUUACAUGAGUGAAAUUAAUUUUUGGUUUUAAUCUACACACAGAACACAGCAAUAAUGAGUUUGACAACAGCAUGUUCCAAGUGCAUCCCUCAGAGGGAGUUCUGCCUGCUCAAAUUGACAAACUCAGUAAUAACAAGACAGCGAUUGCCAUUUCUUUCACACCUCCGCAUUCGGAGUGCUACAAUGUUGUGUUUCAAGUGCAAGGCAUUCUGGGGGAAAUACCCCGCAGCCUUCUUGUAACAGGAAUAGGAUCUUAUGAUGGCAAAUACGAGGCGAUACUGAAUGUGUAGUUAGAAAAUUUAAAUAUGUUGAUGGUUAUUUCACUAUAUUUAAGCCAGGUAUUCUGUUCUGUGAGGGUUAAUAAACCCAUAAAAUGACAUCAGAAUUAUUAGCAUGACUAAACUAAUGGUUAAUAAUCUGUAAUUUAUAAGACAAAUAUGUAGAUCUUUUUAAGCAAGCCAUACAAGUUUUGGCCUCAUUAAAAUUGAAUUAUCUCAGAGAUAUAUUUUCUAAAGAAAUAAUAUAGAAUGAUUAUAAGUUAAGAAAAAGUUUUUAACUUAAAAUUCAUGUUUGAUCUAUGUUUAUAAAAAUAUUAUGUUAAGAAAAGCAGUAAUUUAAAUUUUUGCUUGUAUGAUUAAAAUUAAUACUCUAAGUUUUAGUUUUAUUUAUAAUUUAAACAAAUAUAUUCCAAUGAAAUGUAUAUUCUAUUUCCCCACAAUCACUGUGAUAUUUUGUGAUACAUGAAAAUAUUUUGUGAUACAUGAAAGUAUAUUUUGCCAUACUGUCAAUCUAUACUGUGUACAAUGAAAAGAAACUUUUAUCUGCGUUAGUUUUGUAUUUAAAAUCUUUAAUCAUGUUGUAUUUUUUUAAAUUGCCUUCUUGCUCAUUUACAUUUAACAGUUUAAUAAUUUUCUCUAUUGGUUUCUUUUGAUAUAUUUACUAUUUGUGCUUAUAAAGUAAUUUUUAUUAAUAAAAGAAAAAAAAAGGGAAAUAUUUUGUUUAUGAUUUCAUGUGUAAGGUUAAAGAGACACAAUCAUUUUAGUUUUGCAAUUUAUCUCACACUGUACAUGGUGUGCUUUAGUAAAAUAAGUUUGAAGGGACUUCUGUCUUGUACAUUCACAUAGACCCUGCUAUAGGGGAUUAAUCUCAGCAUGGAGCCUUAGUCCAUGGAGAUUUACAAAUGUUCAUAUUAUUCUGUGUGGCCAUGUGGUAUGUGCUUUGGACUGCUGUCUCAUUAGUCCUGGGUUUGAAGCCUGACAGCUUCCAUCUCCUGCCAUCUUGCAGCUGGUUUGGGUUAGGGUGUAACAAUCUUCAUUCCUAUUGGAACAUCUGAUACAUAAAACAAUCUUUGUCUUUGUCAAUGUUUCUUUGUAUUUAUGAAAUGGUGGAAUUUAGUUUCGUAUUUGAAUAAAUCAACAACAACAUCCAUAAAGUUCCAGUUGUAAGAUAAUUAGCUGUGGACUGUUCAUAGAAGAAUUUGAUGUCUUCCUAUAACAAACGUUUACAGAAAUUUGUAAAGAUUUGUAUCUUAAGGAGGGAUUGAUUUAAUAACAACUUUUUAUGUUAUUUGUGUUCUAAGUCUCGACUUAAGGGAAUUCAGUACCAUAGAAUCGAGUUAUGCGUAUAUGCUCUAGAAGCUAGCGCGCAUCUAAUCUAGUAUUCUAGCCUGCUUGAGUCUUCACAUGGCUUAAUUCACAAGUUAACUGAGUUACACAUAUAAACCUAAUAGAUAAUCGAGUCAGUUCUUGUUACAUUGUUAGCUUCACAUUGCAACUAGAGCUGUGCUUGUUGCAUUAUUAGACGUACAUUAAUGCAACAAGGGCAGCACUGAAUUCUUUUUUAUUUUUGUUUUUUUUACUUCUUGGAUUUCAUAGUAGGCCUAAGCAGUGGACAGGAAGCUACUGCUCCGGGCCCACGAACGAUAGUGACUUAAACGGGCUCUUGUAAGAUAAUUUUUAAAAAUAAGAAUUUGAAUGUUUCAAAUAAUUACAUAAUUUUUCUUAAAACCAUUUGAUAUUUAUUGUUCUUGAAUCGAAUCUCUGGUCUAUUGAUCAAAAGAGUAAAACAACAAAUCAGUGUGAAUCAUUACAUGCAAUGAAACUCCUACAGAAGGGGCAAAGGCAAGUAACUGGCGAUUCAACUGGUGAGAUUCGGGCAGAACGAGUUCUUUCGCCUUGGCUGGCUAUAUCCAUAUAGGACAAGGAAAACUCCAAUUCAAAUCUCUGCUGCUUGCAACUAUUCCCAAACACGGGAAAGAUUUCAGGGGUCAACUCUGAGGGAAAAUCAGGAACUGGAGACACUUAGACAGUUUGCAACACAGAAUGCUACAACUGUUCCCAAACUAUCAGCACUUGCCGUUCCUUUGUAUACAUUAGCUGCGUGGAGAUUGGGGAACUGCUGUGUGAGCGACACCUUUCCGACCAUAGCUAAUGCCCUGGCAUUCAUCUCAUUUUUAUUAGAUGAUCCUAGUCGUUUGACGUCUGAAAGAGGCCAUACAGUAGGAAAUCUAUUAAAGGAAG